ACCAGGUCCAGGGUGGGCAAAGGAGCGACUACUUCGCGAGGGUUUGUCAAAUCCAAGACGAGAUGCGAGGUCGCAAACGCAAGUGCUCUGGUGUUGCACCUUCAAGAGAAGCUCGUAGAGUCCGAAGGGGUGAAAGGAAAAUCGACUAUGAGAUGAUCCACCAUAUGGAAGCCGAGGCUUACCAUGCUGUCUUGAAGGCCUUUAGUGCUCAAUCUGAUAGUAUCUCUUGGGAUCGGGUGGCGCUGAUGACUAAGCUGCGGAAGGAACUUAACAUUACAGAUGAUGAACAUGGAGAGCUACUCGUGAAGAUUAGGCAAUCCGACGAGUCUAUCAGAGCGUUAAGGGAAUGGCAAAAUUCGAAUGGUACUGCUGCUCAAGAGUUUGGUAAUGUCGAUAAAAGAUCUGGUUUUAUUCAGAUUGGUGCUACGGAUAAAAUCAUUCAUGAGGUUGGGAAGCUGCUUGACAGUCAAGAUAUCCUCUCCCCUGCGCAAUUGGAACGGGCAAAGUUGGUCCUUCGAGAGCACGAAAGGGCUAUUCUUGAAGCACUUGAUCAGCUGGCUAUAGAUGAAGCUGCUGGUGACUAAUUCGACCAUGUAAAGUUGUAAUACGUGCUCUCAUAUGAACCUAGGACUAAUUUCUAAUCCUACAUUGACUGACUUUCCAAAGAUGUAUAUAAA